AGACAGCGAAGACGAGGACGACGAGCGCCCGGCGGCGCGGCGAAGGCGACUGGCUGAGCGCGCAGCAGAGGGCAUCGCAGAUGGAGAGGAAGAGGAAAUGAUCGAGAGCAUCGAGAACCUGGAGGAUAUGAAGGGACACACGGUGAGGGAGUGGGUGUCCAUGGCGGCUCCCAGGCUGGAGAUCUACAACCGCUUCAAGAACUUCCUGCGGACCCACGUGGACGAGAACGGCCACAACGUCUUCAAGGAGAAGAUCAGCGACAUGUGCAAAGAGAAUAAGGAGAGUCUGGUGGUGAACUACGAAGACCUCGCAGCCAGAGAGCACGUUUUGGCCUACUUCCUGCCAGAGGCUCCAACUGAGAUGCUGAAG